GCGAUGCUGCACUCCCUGCAGGCGCUGAGCCAGGGGGCGGCGUGCGUGCUGCUGCUGCCCCGCUUCCUGCUGACGGCCGCGAUGCUGUGGCUCCUGGAUUUCCUGUGCAUCAGGAAGAAGCUCUUGCUGGCGGCCGAGGCGGCGGCGGCGGCGGCGGCCCGGGAGGAGGAGGAGGCGGCGGCGGCGGAGGAGGGGUUGGAGGGGGAGGACGGGCCGGGGGCGUCCGGCCGCGGCCCCCCUCCCGACGACCCGCCGCUGUGCGUGUCGGACUCGAACCGCAUGUUCACGCUGGAGUCGCUGAAGGCGGUGUGGCACGGGCAGAAGCUGGACUUCUUCAAGGCGGCGCGCGUGGGGCGUCCGGCGCCGGACCCCGAGGUGGUGGGGCUGGACGGGCGGACGCGGCGCCGCCUGCUGGGCCACGCGCGGGGCGGCCGGCCGCUGGUGCUCAACUUCGGCAGCUGCACCUGACCGCCCUUCAUGGCGCGCCUGCGCGCCUUCGCCCGCCUGGCCGCCCGCUUCGUGGCCGUGGCCGACUUCCUGCUGGUGUACAUCGAGGAGGCGCACCCCUCCGACGGCUGGGUCAGCUCGGACGCCGCCUACGCCAUCCCCAAGCACCAGAGCCUGCAGGACCGCCUGCGCGCCGCCGCCCUGCUCCAGCGCGGCGCGCCCGCCUGCCCGCUGGCCGUCGACACCAUGGACAACGCCUCCAGCGCCGCCUACGGCGCCUACUUCGAGCGCCUCUACAUCGUGCAGGAGGGCACCGUCAUGUACCAGGGCGGGCGCGGCCCCGAGGGCUACAAGAUCGCCGAGCUGCGCCGCUGGCUCCACCGCUACCAGAGCCGCCUGCGCGGCCAGCCCGGCGCCGUGGUCGUCCAGGUGUAA